GCCGAAACUAAAACGCGAAGUGUGUGCUGUUUGUCCCUCCCGGGUCUCCGUAGUGGCGGUUUAUUGACUGCAGACGGAUCAAAAACAACGAAAAAUCGAUCAGCUAUUAAUUUACCUUUCGCGGCAUCGCCAUGGAGGAGUUAACCCGUCUGGUUUCGACAGGAGACUGUGUGAAGAUCUGGGAUGCGGUUUCCAUGGCGCCGCUGGAGCAGUUUAACCCACACAGCGUCAGCCACCCUGUCGCCCAGGCCUGCUGGAGCUCCAACAACCAGUACCUGGUCAGCGCCAGCAGCAGCGGAGACAAGCUGGUGGUUUCCAGCCUCAAGUCCAGUCCUGUUCCUGUGGUGGAACUGGCUGACGGGAAAAAACAAACCCGUGCGUGUCUGAGCUCGUCGUCUCAGUUCCUGGUCAGUGGAGGUCUGGAUCACUGUGUUCACAUCUGGGACCUGAAGACAAAGAGACUUCACCGCUCCCUCAAGGACCAUAAAGAAGAGGUGACCUGCGUGUCCUUUAAUGCCAAUGACAGCUGUGUCGUCUCCGGUUCCACCAGCGGAGACCUGGUCCUCCACAGUCUGACCACCAACCUGUCCGGCAAAGCCUUCGGACACGGCAGCGACCAGCCCAUCCAUGACCUGAGGCUGUCCACGCUGAAGCGCUCGCUGCUUGGGAGUGUUUCUGACAGCGGCACGGUGGUCCUGUGGGACGCCAACACCCAGAAGGAGCUCCAUGUGUUCGACGGCGCCCACAAAGCCCCGGGCUCCGGCCUGGCCUUCUCCCCCGCCAGUGAACUGCUGGUGGUCAGUGUCGGUCUGGACAAGAAGAUCAUCUGCUUCGACACGGCCAGCAAGAUUGUCCUGAGGUCGAUCCGGGUGGACAGUCCUCUGACCUCGGUAGACUUCACUCCGGACGGUACUGGUCUGGUAGUCGGGUCCACUCAGGGGAAGAUCUACCACUACGACCUGAGGAACUCCAGCACCCCCACCAGGAUCACCGUGGCACAUAAAACCUCCGUCACCUGCCUGCGCUUCCAGAGCAGCAGCAGACACAAGUCCAGUAAACUGGGCUCCUCCAAGACUUCCAGUAUGAAGAGAUCCUCAACCAAGCUGCUUAACAGCCAGCCGGACCCCGCCCCCAGCACAGGCCCCACCCCCCCCAGACACUUGACGAGCACAGCAGGGGGCGCUGGUGCGGAGGUGAUGUCCCGGGAGGCUGAAGGCCAGCAGGGGACGGAGCAGCUUCCUGCUGUGGAGAAGUUCAGCUGCGUCGGACGAAACAGUCUGGACUUCUUCUCUCCUGUUCGAGAAGACUCUAGGACCCAGGGGACGACCGGAGACGCCCAGUUUGGGAGAACACACGUUACCAGUCUGGAGAUGCUGUCCAGAGACGGGGAGGGUCAGCAGCUCACCGGGCGGGACAGUCUGGACAUGUUCUCCCCCGUCAGAGACGACUUUUAUUCAGGUGCCAACUCUCACCGUAAGACCCCCCUGGGAACGUCCCUGCUAGCCUCUGGAGGGCGCUGCUACUCCCCGCUGUCUGUCUUUCAGACCCCACCAUCAAUCAGAGAGGAGGAGCCGGGCUCGGCUGUAGCAGCUGAACCAUGUGACUCCAGAAAGUCGGACCAGGCCGGCAGCAGCUCCGGCCUGGAGGGCGAGUGUCAGGCCACGCCCACACCACCCCAGCAGACCAAUCGCAGCCAGCCGGCCCCGUCCUUCUCCACUCUAGAACCCAGCCUCUGGAGACCCAACGGUAUUCAAGCUCAGCUGAGCAGCGACUCACCUGUCCAGGGAGCUCCACCCACCACCGCAACAGGUCCGGCUCUGUUGGCGGCCGUCUCCUCCUCUCUCUCCCAGAACAUCGCGGAGGUGGUCGGACAGGCCGGAGCCGCUCCUUUCACCUCCCUGCAGAUCCACUUCAUCCAGAACAUGAUCCACGAGACUCUGGAGGACUUAAGGGACGCCUGUCACAGAGACAUCGUCAACCUGCAGGUGGAGAUGAUCCGACAGUUUUACAUCCAGCUGAACGAGAUGCACUGCCUGAUGGAGAGAUACUCUGUGAACGAGUCUCUGGUGGAGGAGAUCGAGAGGCUGAAGGAGGAGAACCGCAGGCUGAGGACCAACUACUGAUCCAGAGAGGACCCAUCGGGCCCCGAGUUGAGCCUCUCAGGCAGCGCCUCCUCCCUCAGCAAGCUGACGUUUAGAUUAGAGGUGGUUCUGGCAAAGAGGGUCUCAACCUGGGGCAACAGAGUCUGGGGUCAGAACUUUGCCUUCCUGUUGUGGUUGCUGCUGCACGAAGAGGCCGAACACAACCGCUCUCUCUUCAGUCCGAGCGGCUGAACGGCAGCGACGCCUCCUGGAGCCGUGGACGAAGGCAGCGUCUCAGAUGCGAGUGAAGCUGAAGAACGAACAGACUGAUGAAACAAGUCCGUCAAACAUCUUGUGGUGUCAUUUAAAAAAAAAAACAACAGAUUUUGAACUCUGGUUUGUCUGAGGGUGACGGUGUCGUAGUAGUUUGCACGUUUAGAUGGAUGUUCAUCAGCAGCCGGCGGCUUCCUGUGUGCCUGUAUCAUGUUUUUAUCAUGAGAAACAUUUUGUCUAAAGAAUAAAAAAUAAAUAACAUUGCAAAAAACCCCA